UCAUAUAAAAGCCUCCUAGGCAGGCAUAACAACAGCUACAAUCAAGAAUCAACUCCUUUGAAAGAAUGUCAAAUCGUUGGAUUGGUAGUAUUCUUCUCACUACGACUUUAGCUCUGCUGGGUUCAUACAUUUGCUAUGCAACUACAGUUGAAUAUGAUGCGAAAGCCAUUAUCAUCAAUGGCCAACGAAAACUUAUUCUAUCUGGGUCAAUUCACUACCCUCGCAGCACCCCUCAGAUGUGGCCGGAUUUAAUUCAGAAGGCAAAGGACGGUGGCCUUGAUGCUAUCGAAACAUAUAUCUUUUGGAAUGCCCAUGAGCCUCGCCGUCGUCAGUAUAACUUUGCAGGCAACCUGGAUUUCAUAAAGUUUUUCCAGCUAGUUCAAGAAGCAGGACUCUAUGGCAUUCUUCGUAUUGGUCCUUACGCCUGUGCUGAAUGGAAUUAUGGAGGCUUCCCUGUGUGGCUACACAAUAUUCCAGGGAUUAAAUUAAGGACAGACAAUGAGAUUUACAAGAACGAAAUGCAGAUCUUUACCUCCAAAAUUGUGAACAUGACCAAAGAAGCUAAGCUCUUUGCAGUACAAGGAGGACCAAUAAUUCUAGCACAGAUCGAGAAUGAAUAUGGAAACAUUAUGGGUCCCUAUGGAGAAGCAGGGAAAUCAUAUGUUCAAUGGUGUGCUCAAAUGGCUUUAGCCCAAAAUAUUGGGAUACCCUGGAUUAUGUGCCAGCAAGCUGAUGCCCCACCAUCUGUGAUUAACACAUGCAAUGGAUUCUACUGUGAUCAAUUUUGGCCAAAUAAUCCUAAUAGCCCCAAAAUGUGGACUGAGAACUGGACUGGAUGGUACAAGAAAUGGGGAGAAAAAAACCCACAUAGAACAGCUGAAGAUGUUGCAUAUGCAGUUGCACGCUUUUUUCAAUAUGGUGGCACCUUGCAGAAUUAUUAUAUGUAUCAUGGGGGAACCAACUUUGGACGUUCCUCAGGAGGUCCAUUCAUUGCAACAUCAUAUGAUUAUGAUGCACCACUGGAUGAGUAUGGGAAUUUGAAUCAGCCCAAGUGGGGACACCUCAAGAACCUGCAUGCAGCUAUAAAAUUAGGGGAGAAGAUUCUGACUAGUAAUAACAGCUCGGCGGUUACCAAGAAGUUUAUGGAUGGUGGGGUUGAGCUUACAACAUACACCAACAAUGCUACUGGGGAGAGAUUCUGUUUCUUGAGCAAUACAAAAACUGAAGAUGCUACUGUUGAUUUGCAACAAGAUGGCAACUACUCUGUACCUGCCUGGUCAGUUAGUAUCCUCCAAGGUUGCAACAAGGAAAUUUUCAACAGUGCAAAGGUUAAUGUUCAGACCUCUUUGAUGGUAAACAAAAUACACGAGAAUGAUAGAAGUCAUAAGCUAUCCUGGAAGUGGGCUCCAGAGUUCAUUAAAGACACUCUUUAUGGCAUUGGAAGAUAUAUAGAGAACAGGCUUCUUGAACAAAAAGCAGCAACUUCUGAUGAAAGUGACUACUUAUGGUACAUGACUAGGGUUGACAACAAAGCAACAACCCAGAGGAACGUGACCUUGCGUGUGAAAUAUUCAGGGCAGGUCAUUUAUGCCUAUGUCAAUCAGAAGCUUAUAGGUUCUCAAUCAGGAUACGUUUUCACAUUCGAGAAACCUGCUCUGCUCAAGCCUGGACCAAACAUCAUAACUUUGCUCAGUGUUACAGUUGGAUUGCAGAAUUAUGGUGAAUUUUUUGAUGAGGGGCCUGAGGGCAUAGCAGGAGGCCCUGUUCAGUUAAUUGAUGGAAUUGGAAACACCACCACUGAUUUAUCAUCAAACCGAUGGGUGUACAAGAUUGGAUUGAAUGGUGAGGCACUACGACUCCACGACCCAUAUUCUCCCUAUAGAAAAAUCUUCAAGAGCUCCGCUAAACUUCCGGUUGGGACAGCCAUGACUUGGUACAAGACCACCUUCCAGGCUCCCUCAGGAACGGACCCUGUAGUGUUGGACUUGCAAGGCAUGGGCAAGGGUCAUGCAUGGGUGAAUGGGAAUAGCCUGGGCCGCUUCUGGCCAACUCGGACUGCCGAUCCCAAUGGAUGCGGAGGCACAUGUGAUUACCGAGGCAAAUAUAAAGCGGACAAAUGCUUGAGCAACUGUGGAAAUCCUACUCAAAGAUGGUACCAUGUCCCAAGAUCAUUCCUCAAAAAGCGGAAAAACACAUUGAUUUUGUUCGAGGAAGUAGGCGGAAACCCCUCAGGAGUGUCUUUCCAAAUUGUCACAGCUGAAACAAUAUGUGGGAACGCAUAUGAAGGAAGCACAUUACAACUAUCAUGCUCUGGUGGGCGAAUCAUCAGGGAUAUUCAAUUUGCCAGCUUCGGCAACCCACAGGGCACUUGCGGCUCAUUCCAGAAGGGUGAUUUUGAAGCCACUGGCAGCGUUUCUAUGGUGGAAAAGGCAUGCGUCGGGAAAGUUAGUUGUUUCCUGAAUGUGACACAAGCAACAUUUGGAGUGAACAGCUGUGGCAAUACCAACAGAUUGGCGGUGCAAGCUGCUUGCAUGGGAUAUAGUGACAGCGAGGCUGCAAAUAAAGAUGGGUUCAACCCCAAGAAGUCUUUUUUUCGUCAUAGCAAGACACCCAAUUGAUAGUGAAAACCCCCGUCUUCCCAUGCUUCUUGAAAUCGUGGUGAAAGGCGUCGCCACCACGCUAAGGGUGGCGUGAUGGCAUUCAACGGGCGUAUGAUAAUGCUCAUUAUUAUUAACUUGUUAAAGGAUGUAAAUUUUAAAUCCUAAACUAAAGAAUUGCUGUGUCGCACAUAAAGUAAAACAGGGCGAACAUGAAUUUUAUAUCUGUAGGACCCUGUACAAGGUAGAAGAUUUCUUUAUAAUUUUCCUUUAACAAUA